AUGACUAACCACAGCUUUGGACCCCUCAGCUCUCUAUCUCCAUCAUCCCUCCGACCAUCAGCUGCUUCUACACCACCACCCAGCCCGCCUAUGGAUCUCGCUACACCGCCACCCACUCCGCCAAUCGAUCUGGCUACUCCGCCAUCCAGUCCGUUGAUCGAGAGCCCGCAUCAGGCCUCAGUGUCUCCGGACGCUAUCCCUCCAACCCCGGCCUCAUCACCUCAAGGAUGGAACUCGCCCAGCCACCCGCAACUAGCCACUAACGGGUGGCAAUCACCGGACCCGAGCCCCUCAAGCACCGCAAUCUCCGGUGCAUCACUGUGGGCCAUGGGCGACCCUGUGUGCCGGGCUCUUUUCCGAGAGUCUGAAGACAUCGAGCCUUUGCCCGCGGACAACGAUGAGGCCGCGAGUCUACUCCCUACUGCUGUGUUUGAACUUAUAAAAUUGACUCUAAAGUUCCUCGUCAACUCCUUGAUCCAGAAACACAGAGAAGAUGUCUGUCAAGGAU